AUGACGUCCUUAACCGAACAAGCCCGGGCUUUGAACCCCGCAGCAGUCCAUGCCGCGCAUAAACUCAUCCAGCCCUAUAUUCAUCGCACUCCCCUCCUGACCUGCAAGACGCUGGACACCAUCGCCUCAACUCCACAGACCCCCGAAGCACUCACUGGGACUCCCUUUGAAGGCCGGACACCGGCAUGUCCACGGUUCCGAUUCUUCUUCAAAUGCGAGAAUUUCCAGCGCAUCGGAGCGUUCAAGGCUCGGGGUGCAUUUCAUGCACUGCUGCGACUGAUCGAGGAACGUGGGGAGGAUGAAGUCAGACAACGUGGGGUGAUCACCCAUAGUUCGGGCAACCAUGCACAAGCGUUGGCGCUUGCUGCCUCGACGCUUGACAUUCCCGCCUACAUUGUCAUGCCCAAGAUCAGCACACCAUCGAAGAUCGCAGGAACUCGCUCCCACGGCGCAGAGGUCAUCUUCAGUGGAUCCACAAGUGUUGAGCGCGAGGCCGUCGUCGCGGAGAUUCAAGCAAAAACCAACGCAAUCCUGGUCCCUCCAUACGAUCACUUCAAUAUCAUCUGUGGGCAAGGAACGACCGCACUCGAGCUGGAGGCCCAACACGCCGAACAGACCGGAUCGGGCACUCUAAACGCAAUCAUCACCCCCGUGGGCGGAGGCGGUUUGAAUGCGGGUGUGGCCACGUACUUCUCAGAUAAGCCGCAGACCAAGGUAUUUGGGGCAGAGCCAAGCUUUGAGGGCGCAGAUGAUUGUCGUCGGGGCUUGUUGUCCGGUAAGCGAAUCGAGGCCGUUUCGACACUUACGAUUGGCGACGGACUGCGCACGCCGGUAGGAUUGUUGAAUUGGGAAGUGAUUUCCAAUAAGGAGAAAGUCGCGGGCGUGUUUGCCGUAACGGAAGAGCAGAUCAAAGCCACGAUGCGUCUGGUCCUGGAGCGCAUGAAGGUCUUUGUGGAACCAAGUGCCGUGGUGGGUUUGGCCGUGUGUCUCUUUGACGAGGACUUCCGGCGCAUUGUUGAUAAGGAAGGUGGUGCACCGGGGUGGGACGUGGCGGUGGUUUUCAGUGGAGGUAACACGACCGUCGAGGCCAUUGCCAAAUUGUUCGGUUAA